AUGGCUUCUGCAGAAAAAGACAAUGAAGCGGAGAAGGAAGAGAAUGCAGAAGUGAGCCCUGAUGAUAAAGAAAACAAGACGGAUGAAAAUAAUAAACAGGAGAAUGUAGAGGAAACGGGCCGUGAUGAUAAGAAGGAAGAAAUGAUCAAUGAUAUCAUAGCAAGUAGUUCGAUCGAUAUACCAACGGAUGAGAACCAGAUGGCAUUUACAAAGGAAAAGAUUAUUCAAGAGGAGCAAUUUUCACUGAUGAACAUGGACAAAUACUUGCAUCAAAAGUACAGCACGGUUGCUGAGAUUAUCCGGUUAAUUCUAGAAAUACUGAUAGUUACGAUACUGCUUAUGGGAUUUCCUGUUGGAUUUACACUGAUAAUGAAUGGAUGGGAUGUAAUGCCAGUUAUGCUUGAGGUUGUGAAAGCUGAGGGCGAAGGGAAGGUGUAUAUGUUCAUGAGGGUUAAUUUCCUUGCACUGGUGUGCUAUGUGAUAUUUGUGUGUGUUUCGUCAGUUGCAAAUAAUAUCAUAUAUAUAAUGGUUGACUUUCUGAAGUUCAUUAAUGUUGAACCUAGCGAGACCGUUAUAGAAGGGGUACAGAUAAUCAACUCUACGUCCUGGUGUUGGAAGCAGUCUUUUAUUGCGCUCUUUGUGUUUUUGGCGAUGUCGUACUUUUCUCCGACAUACAAGUUCAAGGAAAGCGACGUGACCUACUGGUACAUCUUUAUUACAUCGAUGCUUAUGUACUCGAUCUUCAUGACGAUAAUUCUAGUUGAGAAGGCAAUAAUGUGUUUUUUUAUUUCAGAGAUCCGAAUGAAAGAGUAUAGAAAUAGAAUAUGGGAGAUAAACUACAAAACUUUUGUUUUUAAGAAGCUUGCAGCAAUAUCUGAGGCUGAUCCUGCUGAUAGAAAGGAGAUAGCUGAUGAGAUGCAGCCUGACAUUGACCAGGGGUUCUAUCUUAAGUACAAUGACCUAAAGUUGAAUUCAGUAGAGGCAGCAGAGACAGUUGCGAAGUCUAUAUUUGGGUUUUUAGAGAUUCACGAGCUUCCAUAUGAAAAACUAAAGACAUUUUUUGAGGGAAACUUCGAUGAGGUUUAUCUGUACCUAUCUGAUAGGCAAGAGAUUCUUGAGUUGGAUAAUCCACCGAUUAUAUUUGAGGAUCUUAAAACCAGAGCAGAGGCGCUUUAUUAUGAAAGAGUAAACAUCUCGAAGACUCUGCAAUCGAAGGACAAUGUGAUCAACAAGCUUGACAUAAUACUUGUAUUUAUAGCAGGAUAUAUUGGUGCGAUUACUGUGAUGAUGAUUUUAGGGAUAGAUUAUACAGAACUGCUUGCAGCAAUAGUGCCUUCGCUAAUGGCGUUUAGUUGGAUAUUUUCGGACUCAAUCAAGGAUUUAUACAACUGCUUUGUGUUUCUGCUUGUGAGCCAUCCGUAUGACUAUGGAGAUUGGGUGGUGAUUGAUGGACAAGAGCUUUAUGUGUCAUCUGUUGAUCUGAUGUCAUCGGCGUUUGUUGCAGUGAAUGGAAGAUUGGUUUACAUACCCACAACAAUUUUAUUCGAUGCAAAGAUACAUAACAUAAGAAGAUCAGGCAAGCAGUUUGAUGAAGUUGCAAUACUUGUCGAGAAGACUACGCCGCUUGAGAAAGCACAGAGUCUGAGAGACAGUGUUGGGAAGCUGCUUUUAGAAAACAGUAAGUCGUUCUCUGGAGAAAUAUACAUCAAGAGGAUUGAGGUUAUUAUGGAGAAUGUGAAGAUUACUUUUGCAAUACAACACCAGUCGAACUUCCAAGACAUUAAGAAGACGCAGGAGAGGCGUGACGAGUUGAUGAACAUGUUUGAAAAGGAGAUGAAUGAACAAGGAAUCAAGCAUUUCAAUUCGUAUAUAUUUACCUAG